GCAUUUGAGGCAAACAAAGUAGAAAUUUGCCAAAAUGCCGAUUGGAGUUUUUAAAUCUGUGCGCGAAGUAAGCAGCGAGGAUACGGUGCAUGUAGCCGCCAAUUUACUGCAGCAGAAUGCCGCCAAAAAAUGGAAGACGCAGGGAAAUGGUGAGAAAUGCGCUUAUGUUAUCCUUGAAUUCGAGGAAGCGCAGCAAAUAACUGGAAUCGAUAUUGGCAACGAGCAUGCGGCAUUUAUUGAGGUGCUCGUGAGUAAAACUGGCUGCCAGCUAGCUGACUUCAAGGAGCUUCUGCUCUCCAGUUCAUUUAUGACACCGAUCGAGAGCAAAAAUUCGAGCAAUUUGAAUCGUGUACGUUGCUUCAGUGGCGAAGCUUUGAACCCCGCAACGCUGGCAGAGAAAUGGAAGCUGGUCAAGAUUGUGUGCACGCAGCCAUUUAACAAACAUGUCCAAUACGGUCUAUCAUUUAUCAAGCCACAUGUUAGCGGUGCAGCUAAGCCGAAAUCCUUGCUGCCCGACAGGUUAAAAAACAAUCUGCUUACUGCUGGUGGUGGUGGUGGCUUGGCCUUUAAGUUGCGCGAAGAAUCCCCAGAUUCAGAGCCAGAUGGCAAGGCAUCCUUGUCGCUGUUUCAGCGCUGGAAGGCGACACGAAAUGACGACAAUGACGCCAAAGCCGCUGUUAGCACAGCAGCUGCGAUACGAGAUGCUGGCUCGCCGGCUGCACUGCGGCGACGAAGUGAUGCACGAUCAACAUUAUCGUCCAUUAUUAAAGUAGCCGAUGCCCCAGCCUCUGCCUCUGUAUCUGAAGCCACAUCAAGCAAGACGGAAACGAAGUCUCGCUCUGCCAAACAGCUGCAGGAAAAGGAUCACAAGUUGGAUAAACAAAAGCCGAAGACAGCAAUGUCCACUGCUACCAAGGAAUCUCCUAGAGCGACUGUUGUGUCCGCACCGAAGCGCAUGUCCUCAUCGUCAGAGGACACUCCAAGCAAGCCAGCUAAAAAGCAAAAAACCUUAAUUGAGAAACCGACACAAUACGUGCCAUUUGAUCAGCUGCUGCGUGGCGUUGUUUUGGUCAUCAGUGGCAUACAAAAUCCAGAUCGUGCGGACUUGCGGUCAAAGGCCUUAGCGUUAGGCGCUACGUACAAAGCAGAUUGGGAAUCGGGCUGCACGCAUCUGAUCUGUGCGUUUCGGAAUACACCCAAAUACAAUCAGGUGAGGGGCAAGGGAAAAAUUGUGACUCGCAACUGGAUCGAGAAGUGUUAUGCGCUUAAAAAGUAUUUGCCCUGGCGUCGCUAUGCACUGGACACCAACGAAGUGGGUCAGCCCGAAAGCGAUGAGGAGGUGUUCGAUGAAUCUCUGAAACCUAUCGUAAUGGACAAAGCUGAUGCUGCUUCUGAUGUUGACAAGGAUGUGAAGAUGGUUGUAGCGGCAGUUGACACAAACAUUGAGGACAUGCUGCUGCAUGGACAUUCUUCUGGCCCCGACACAGAAGAUGAGCUCGAACGUGUUGCUCAACAGAAUAAAUUGAAGAAAAUGUGUAACACUAAGCAAAGCAGCAGCAAAGAAAACAUCCUUAACGACUCAAACAAGAACAAGAUCGUCGAAAACGAUUCGAAAUCUUCGGACAUUUAUGAAGUUAGCACUGAUGAAGAGGAUUAUCUGAAGGAAUUACAAAAUGAAUUGCAGUAAAGUUAAAAGUGUCAACUGAUUUUGAAUUCUAUAUACCACGUUACUAACUUUAAAUUAUUACAUGUGAUAGAUAAGAUAGAUGUAUAUAGUCAAGAAAGAAUAUUUUAAUUUU